AUGCAGCUCUCUUUCGUCGUCCUCGCAGCCAGCUUCGGUGCCGCUCUCGCAGCCCCCAGCCUCGACGCGCGCCAGAACGCCUGCUUCAUCGUCGGCAACACCGUCCUCCCCAAGGAGGUCUCGGACGCCGCCGCCAGCCUCGCCAACAAGGUCACCUGCGACGCCUCCAAGAAGACCAUCUCGGGCGUCCCCGACGUCGACGCCGGCGGCGUUAAGUUCUCGUCCAUCAACUUCGCCGCCUCGUCCCAGACGCCCCUCGCCUUCGCCCUCUCCAAGUUCGCCACCAAGGAGCCCCUUGCCGACAACGACCUCGCCACCUUCCAGAACCAGGUCAACGCCUACACCGCCACUGAGGCCGGCAUCCGCUCCGUCAACGGCAACUUCGCCGCCAUCAAGAUCCCCAAGUUCUUCCUCGCCAUGCAGAUCUCCCGCAUCCAGACCGCCCAGGGCAAUCCCCCCGCCGCCGCCGGCCAGCAGGUCGACCACCUCCGCGACAAGGUCCUCAAGAACGCGCCCCGCGAGGCCAAGGCCUUGCUCGACCAGGUCACCGCCUUGGCCGCCAAGACGUCAUGA